AUGACAGCAAAAGAAUGGUUGAACAUUGUGGUGGAUGAUGGGCGUCUGAUGUUCUACAUGGAGGGUCUGGUCAAGGAAACAGGUCACAAGUUCGCAUUCCAGGAAGGUCCAAGGAUUGAUAAGCCAGAUUUAGCAGUUACGGCGUCAACUCCCACCCCAUCCACGAAAAAUCCAUUUGAAGUGACAGUAACUUUCGAAAACCCGACCGCUAUUGAGAUCACAGACUGUGUUUUCACAAUUGAAGGAGUUGGCAUGGACAAAAUUAAGGCUGUGAAAGUUCCGAACGUGGGUCCCAAACAGUCUGUCUCUGCGAAGAUUACCUUGAUCCCUCGUCUCCCUGGCAACAGACGGAUCGCGGCUGGGUUCGACUCCAAACAAAUCACAGACGUGGUCGGAUUCCUUGACCUUGUCAUCAAGAAGGGCAAAGCACCGGAAUCGGGAGACGACGACAAGGACGAUGAAGACUUCACCUACAGCAAUGUUCCAGUGCUCAGAGUGGAAGAGGUCGACCUGAACGUAGUUGAGAAUGGCAAAGAUCACCACACGUCCGACUAUGCCCACAAUUGGAAGAAAGACACCUUAGUGAUCCGCAGGGGAGAGCCUUUUGAGGUGGACGUGACUUUUAACCGACCGUAUGAUCGGACGACGGACAGAAUCAGCUUGAGGUUACAGACAGGUCGCCAUCCAAAGAAGAGCGAAGAGAAUGACAAAAGGCUGGUAAUAGCCAAAGACCUUUCGAAGGUAGACUGGGGGUAUCAGCGCACAAAUGCGAACUCCGAUGGUUCCAAAUGCAAGUUCCGUAUAAAGACAGCCCCAGAUGCCUGUGUUUCGGAAUGGAAGCUGAUUAUCAGGACGAAACUUCCCAAAGCAGCUCCUGGGUUGAAGGAUAUGGCAAAACAUGACACGUCAACCAUUUUCGUGCUGUUCAAUGCCUGGUGUAAGGAGGAUCAAGUAUUCCUCGACGACGAGGACAAAAGAGUAGAAUACGUCCAAAACCAAACCGGAAGGAUAUUCAAGAAUAAUAAGCGACCAGCCAGAAAAUGGUGGUUUGAUCAGUGUGAGGAGAUCUCUCUUAACACAGCUAUGAUGCUCCUCAAUCGGUGCGGCAGUCGGUUCUCAUCAAGAGGAAAUGCCACUAGAGUUUCCAGAGACAUUUCACAGAUGUGUAACAACAACGACAAUGACGAUGGGAUCCUGAUUGGAAACUGGACUGGAGAGUAUGGAGAUGGCACGAAACCAACACAAUGGGCACGUUCGAAGAACAUAUUCAAGCAGUGGUGGAAGAACAACCACAAAGGGGUUAAAUACGGCCAGUGUUGGGUAUUCUCAGCUAUUGUUACUUCUAUCUGCAGAAGUCUUGGAAUUCCUGCUCGAUCUGUCACCAACUUUGGCUCUGCCCAUGACACAGAUCUCAGCUUGACCAUUGACAAGUAUUUCUACGAAGACGGAACUCCUGCUAACUACAGUGGAGAUUCAGUUUGGAAUUUCCAUGUCUGGAACGAAGCCUGGUUCAGACGACUUGACCUCCCUGAUAGGUUCAACGGAUGGCAAGCGUUCGACUCAACACCACAGGAACAGAGUGGGGGACGAAUGCGAUGUGGCCCUGCCUCCGUCAAUGCAAUAUACGAUGGUGACCUCCAGCAUCCGUAUGACGCCCGAUUCAUCUUCGCGGAGAUCAACUCGGAUCGCGUCUACUGGACCAUCAAGGCUGAUGGGUCAAAAGUCGUAGACAAAGUUAGAAAAGGUUCGAUCGGGUACCAGUUGGCUACGAAGGCGGUGGGAAGAAACACACGAGAGGACAUCAAGGGGAAUUACAAGUGUGAGGAAGGGUCUGAGGCAAAGAGAAGACAGGUUGCAAUGACAGCAAUGAAACACUCUGCCGAUGAAGCUGUGCAAGAGUGGUACAAGAAAGGAUCUGGGAAAAAGGAGGAAGUGACUAGCUUGAUACAGUAUCAAGCCCCUGAGAAUGGAGACGUGGAAGUCACAAUGGAACUCGAGAAUACUGGGUCAAAGAACAGGACGGUUAAGGCGUAUCUAAUUGCGGUCGCUACUUACAACAAUGGAUUCGUGGGAGACAAGAUAAAGGCUCAGAAUGAAGAUGUGCAGCUCGCAGCCGGAGAAAAGAAGACUGUCCGCAUCGGUAUCAAGGCGACAGAAUGGCUCAACACUGUCAAAUCAGAUGGUCUCUUGACGGUGCACUGCGGGUUCAAGGUCGACGGUACUGGCGAGACCGAUUUUGAUGCCAUUACGAUUGACCUUGAGAAACCAGAGUUAGAGGUCACGGUGUCCAAUAAGCGACCAAAACUGAAGCAGGAUGUGACUGUGACAGUUGUCUUUACCAACCCCCUGGACCUUGAGCUCACCAACUGCACCAUGACACUGGAUGGUGAUGGCAUCGACCUCACGGAAAAGCAAUUAAAACAAAAGAUCCCACCUCAUGGCAAAAUUAAAGAGACUUUCACAAUCAUCCCGACACAGACAAGAGGGCAGGACAUCCUGGCGACAUUCGACUCGGACCAGUUGACCUCCAUUGACGGCUCUGCCACCAUUUCCCCUGUAGUUUAGGGGACGAGACAUUUUAGCACGUAGUAUGGGGAGAACAUUCUGGUUUACCUUGACUCGGACCAGUAACACUCCUCUUCCUUCGUUGCCACGGCCGACUUGACCCUUGAGAAGGAAGUGAGACGUUGCACUCAUGGUUGUAACAAGGGCGUCUCUUUGCCAAAAGGACAGCCAGCCAGUAGAAUAGGACUUACCACAUUGUUAUGAUACAUUAGUAGGCCUAUCUGACGGCAAAAACCUCAAUUUUCAUAACCCUGUAGAGUAGAAACUGAGACACAAGCACACGGUUGUUCCAUAAAGACCCAAAAGCAAUGACCCGUCAUUGGGUUUUCCGACCUGUUCAUUUCGAUUGGUGGCAGAAACACCAUUUCCCCUUUAAGCAUUAUAAAUCUCAUCAUGUUCGAGCGAAGAAUUGCUCUAACUAUAGAUCAUUCCUUUGCAGAAAAGGAAGCGUUAAUAUCUUUAUUAGAAGAUAACAUCACCGGUUAGGUUGUAACGAAUUCAACACUCAUCCGUCCUCUUGAAUGUUUUUAAACUUGUCUCUGUUACAUGUAUGUUACAUGUAUCUGUCAGAAAAUUUAAAGAGAAAAUCCUCAUUUUUUACAGUAAAUGUGUAUAUUUCAAUUUUUUAUUUAACCAACUCUCGCAUAACUUUAUAUCGUAUUUAAGAGUGCCAUAAUAGUAAACUUGCCCAAAUAUGUAAUUAUAUAAAGGCGUUUAUAUGUAGCCUUUAUAUCUAGUUAUUUAGUUUUGACACGUCGUACUAAUCGGCAUAGCCUUUAGCGUUAAUAAAUGUAUUGUAAAGUA